AUGGAGGCGGAGGGGCCGCGGGACGCGUCAGAAAAGGAAGAGGAAGAUUCAGAGGAGUCAAGACAACAGGAUUUAGAAGAUGGAGAGAAGUCUGACAUUUCCAAAGAUCCUGAAACAGAGAAGCCAAAUGAGUUCUCAACAGAAGGAAAGGAAGAAUCGGAGAAAGAGAGUACUGAGGGGACUAUACUUGGUGACAACUUAAGCCAGCCAGACUUGGCAGAUGGAGAGAAGUUUGACAUUUCCAAAGAUCCUGAAACAGAGCUGGACGCAGAGAAGCCAAAUGUGUCCGCAACAGAAGGAGAAAUGGAAGUCCCAGAGAACGGGAGUUCUGAUGAGAACAAACCUAGGAAAGGUUCGGAUCAGGAGGAUCAGGCAGAUGUGGAAAAGUUUGACUCUUCAAAGGAUUAUGCAGGAGAGCAGGACGCUGAGAAGAUCCUUGAACCAUUAGGAGAAGAGGAAGAUGAGGAGCAGGAGGAGGAUACUGAGAAAUCCCCAGAGCCAGAAAAAAAGCCUGAGAAGCUAGAAAGGAAAAUCUCAGAGACCUUCUUCUAUAACUAUGAAGAUUUGUGCUCGCAACCCUUUGUGACGUCAGACUCUGGGAUACCAAUUAACCUCCUCACUCUCAUACACUCUUUUGGUUAUGACUGCACCAAAAGUGCAAACCUGCAAUUGCUGGAUAGUCAAACACUCCUCUACGUAGCAGGCAACCAACUGGUGCUCUUGGACCUGAAAACUAAAUAUCAGAGUUAUCUCCGGAGCAGCAGCGGUGGUGGAAUUGGCAUUAUCACGGUACAUCCUAGUAAACAGUAUUUUGCAGUAGGAGAAAAAGGAUGGAAGCCAAACAUCAUCAUCUAUGAGUAUCCCUCACUAAAGCCAUACAGAAUACUCCGAGGUGGGACUGAGGAAGCCUAUGCAUUUGCUGAUUUUAACCAUUAUGGAACGCUACUGGCCAGCGUUGGGAGCAGCCCUGACUACAUGUUGACAAUCUGGGAUUGGAAACAGGAAAAGAUUGUGCUGAGGUCAAAAGCUUUUUCACAGGAUGUUUAUAAGGUCACAUUCUCUCCUGAAAAUGAAGAGCAACUCACCACUUCUGGAGCAGGACACAUCAAGUUCUGGAAGAUGGCCCAUACAUUCACUGGGCUCAAGCUACAAGGAGCAUUGGGCAGGUUUGGUAAAACAGCUGUGACUGACAUUGUAGGGUAUGUGGAGCUGCCUGAUGGGAAGGUUAUCUCUGGAUCUGAAUGGGGCAACUUGCUGCUUUGGGAAGGGGGCCUCAUCAAAGUAGAGCUCUGUCGAACUGGACAUAGACCCUGUCACAAUGGCCCUGUUAAUCAGUUAGUUCUGGAUGAGGGAGAGCUGGUCACUGUUGGAGGAGAUGGCUACAUUAGGGUGUGGGACUUUGAGACGAUAGAUGCAGCUGAUUCUGUGGAUGACACAGGUCUACUAGAGAUGGAGCAUAUGAAUGAACUUCUUGUUGGCAAGAAUGUCAACUUGAGCUCCAUCAUGAAAAUUCAUGAUCUUGGACAGCCCAUUUGGUAUGCUCAGGAUUCCAAUGGAGCCAUCUGGAAGCUUGAUCUGAGUUUUUCAAAUGUCACCCAUGAUCCAGAGUGCCUGUUUACCUUUCACUCGGGAAAGAUUGAAGCCAUGGGUGUCUCUCCUGUCACAUAUCUCAUGGCCACUACUGCACUUGACCACUCAGUGCGUAUCUAUGAUUUCAUUGGCAAUUGUCAGUUGACUGAGAUUAAGUUUAAACAGGGAGGAACGGCACUGACUUGGGCACCCCGAGUGGUAAAUCCCAAAGGAGGUCUAAUUGCUGUUGGGUUUGAAGAUGGUGUUGUUCGCAUUAUUGAAGUUUAUGAUCCCAGGGGACUCGCCAUUGUUGCAGGACGGACCAAUGUAGGGAAUGCAGAGAUGCGUCUGAAACAAGCUUUUAAACCCCACACUGCUGCAGUUACAGCCUUGGCAUAUGAACGAAAUGGGGAAGUAAUUGCCACAGGGAGUAAAGACAAAACAGUCUUCUUCUUUGCCGUUGAAGACAAAUAUGAGCCAAUUGGAUACAUUUGUGUCCCUGGGCCCGUGCAGGCAUUACAGUGGUCUCCACCUUCUCACGCAGAGAGCAUGCUGCUUGUGCUCUGUGAGAAUGGCUUUGCUCUUCAGGUUCCUGCACCCAUCCUUGGAGAACAGGACACAGUAUCCACCUAUGAGAUCAAAGACCUGCCCACACAGUAUUUCCAUUUCUGCAGCAUUAAAUCCCGGAUCAAGAGGGAAGAGGAGAUUGAGCGCAGAGAGAAAAAGAAACAGGAGGAGGAGAAGGCAAGGUUGGCGUGGAUAAAGAAACAGCAGGACAUGGGACUUGAGAUAGAAGAAGAGCCAGAGGCAGAGCCUAAGAAAGAGGAGCCACUGCCACCCAUCUACGUCCCACAGGAGCCCAGCCCCAUCGUCUGUGGGUUUUAUUCAGCACCAGGGAAAUUCUGGCUCUCUUUGGGUGGCUAUGACUCUGGGUACCUCUACCACUGUGCAUUCUCCCCGAUUCAGCACCAAAUAUCCCCUGAAAGCAGGCAAGAUGAGCCCUUUGAGGCGAUUCCUAUGGAGAACACAGAUGACAACCCCAUCCAAAGGAUCUCUUUCUGCACCAGCAAGCUGUUGAUGUUCUGUGGGAUGAAGGAUGGAGCAGUGCGAGUUUAUCCUCUCCAGGACAAAGACCUGUCAGCAGACAUGAUGAACGGAUACUGGUCCUUCAACAUGCAUGACAAUGAUUAUGGCCAAAUCCAGGCAAUCUACUCUAGUUAUGAUGACCGAUUCCUGGUUACCUGUGGAGCAGAUAGCAACAUCUUUACCUUCAAUAUCCUGUCUCCAGAGGACAUUCAAAGAGAGCUAAAAGCCAAAGUGCCCUCUCCAAGAGUGAAUCUUGAAAAGGAGAAAACUGCAGAAGAUAUUGAGGAUCCCAGUGCCUACAGCAUUGAGAAUGCCAAGCAAAAAAAGGAAUAUGACCAGAUAAUGAAGGCAGCAGAAGACAAAAAAAACAAAAAGAGGCAAGAGCUGAUCAUCCUUAGGCAUGAGUUUCAUCACCUGCUUCAAAGGAACAUGGAGCUGCCAAAGCACAUGCAGCUACACAGAGAGGAAUUCGAGAUGGACCACAGAAUCCGUGAGGAGAUGGAUAGGCAGACAGCACAGAGAAUCCAACUAGUGCAGAAGGAGUUGGCUUGGGAUCAGGAGAAGCACCGCAUUGGGCUGCAGAAAUUGCAGAGUCGGUUUCGGGACACUCUGGAAUUUGACACAGUGGUCGUUCAUGCUAUAGGAAGUAAUCAUCAAAUCUCCACAUAUAGGCUCCUGGCAAUCUCCGAGAGGUACUACAAAGCCAGAAAACAAAGUCAAACAGGGAAAAGGAGAACAAGCAAAUUAGGAAAAGAAGCAGAGCAAAGGCGAGAAAGCCAGAAAGAGACAAGUCAGGCUGCUGGAGUUAGUGAAGAGGCGAUGGAAGCUGACAAGCUGAAGAAAAGGCCCCAGCUGCAAGGUGCUAUAGGACGUUUUGGUGGAAACCGACUUGAACAAAUUAGAAAAAAUAUGGAGAAAGCUGACAGGGCCAAAGCUAAGAUUAUGCAAAGAAGGAAGGAGUGGGAUGAACUAUACAAGAGCAAACCCAGUGACAACUAUGAGAACCCCAAGGAUGUUCAGGACAUCAAAGAGGCUCAGGAAAACAUGGGGGAUUUCAAACUGAAGACAGCCACAAACUACAAGAUCCCGGAGCACAUGCGUAUGAACGCAGAGAAGAAGAAGGUGCAGCUUAGGUCGUUAGAGGUGGCGGUCCAUGAAAAGAAAUUGACAAUGAACAAAUGGAUCAUCUCACUUAGGGACCUCAAGGUGGCUAUUAUUGAAGAGAUCAUCUGCCUGGUCCAAGAAUUGAAAUCCAUACAAUCAGCCUUGGAUGCAUCUGAACAACUCCCUAUUCCCCCGAUCCCUCAGUUACACCCGGAGGAGACUCCAGAAAAAAAAUUCCAGUAUGACAAGAAUAUUCUUUUGAAGUUCAAACAAGAGCAGGAGAACAAGCAAAGGCUCUCUGAGCAGGUGGAAGAUAAUGCAUCAUUUGCAGUGUUUGGGGGAAAGUUCCUUCAUGCACCUUCUCUAAAGGAAAUAGAUUCCCCAUCAAGAGGCUCAAGUGUGAGAUCAAUGAGAAUAACAUCCUCAGUCACCCCAAUGCAACCAAAGGUUUUUGAGAUUGAAAAGGCAGAGCCAACAGAGAUGGAACUGGAAAUUUUAAAACGGGAGAAGAUCAGAAACAUUUACCUUCAGGAGACCUUGAUCAAGAGGAUCAAUGAACUGGUGGUCACCUUUGAUGCUGAGCUCCACCUCCUGCGGCACCAGAAGCUGAAGCUGGACACGCAGAUGAAGUGUGCUGACCUACGUCACAUCACGUGGUUUGAGGAGCUGCUUCUCCUUAAGAACUUUGAGAAACACGAGGACACUCUCCAGGAGCGUGUCAACAACCUCAGCAAUGAGGUGGAAGAGAUGCAAUGGAAAUUAGACAACUACCUCUCACAGAUGGAGGAUAAAAAAUAUGAGAUUGCAAAGCUUCAGGAACGCGAGAAGGCACUUUAUGCCACUUUCCAAGCAUCCCUUGGAGAGAACAACAAAUUUGCCAGCUUCCUCACUAAGGUCCUGAAGAAGAAGAUCAAGCGUGUUAAGAAGAAAGAUGUGGAAGGAGACAGAGAUGAAGAGGAGGAUAGCGAUGAAGAGAGUGAUGAUGAGUCUAGCUUGGAGAGCGAUGAAGAAGAUUCAGGAUCUGAUGAUGAAGUCUUUGAUGACUCUGUUUGCCCAAAGAGUAAUAUGUGGCUUGCAUCUCUGCAGGUGAAAGUGGUGGAAGCCAGCCUGGACACAGCUGAGGGGGAGCUGGAGGCCUUUCAACGGGAGAAGCAGCAGAGACUGAAUGAGCUCCAUGUAGUAGUGCCUCUGAAGCUACAUCAGGUGGAGUACGUGGUAAAUGGGGAGUUACCCACCGACCUGUCCCAAACGUUGGUAUUUACCAACCAAUCCUUGGAGUAUCUGCAGCAAAGGAUCAUGGUCCUGCAGCAUGAGAAGUUGGAUCAGAGGGAGCUCUACAAGCAGGCCCGGCAGCAGCAUAAGCAGCUCAUCCGGGACAGGAGGGAGAUAGAGAUAAGGAUCGAGCGACUGGAAGAGAACUGUAAUCAGCUGAUGCUGAUGAAGUUUGGCCGGGUGGUGGACUUGGAAGCCCUGCAGACACUCUCUGUUAACAUAAACCUGGAAGAGCUAAAGAUGAAAAUGAUGGAGAAAGAGCACAUACAAGCCCAGGAACUCAAAAACUGGGAGGAGAAGAUUUUUGAGCUGCGGCAACGGCUGAUGAUGCUGAUGAAAGAAAACACCAGCAAGCUGCAGCAGCUGAACAGCUUCUGUAUUGAAAAGCAGAGACUCGGAAUGAAGCUGGAUGCACUGCAGAAUAACCUGGGAGCAGAAUUCCAAGGCCCCCGGAAAGCUGAGAUCCAGGAGAGAGAGAGGCUGAUUACACUGGUCCAACUCCAGGCCCAGGAGGCAGAAGUACUCAAGGAGGAAAUCACUCUCUUAAGCAGAAAAGAUGGGCGCAUCUUCCCACCACCUCAGCCUCCACCUGAUACCAAGAUACUGAACUAAAGUUCUCUCUGUCACUAGCCUCAUUCAUUAGACAUUUCCCUGGCAACGGGCAUUUGUCAGUGAGGGGCCCUGUCAGCAACCAGCACCGGUUCCAAUAACACACUGGGUGUCAAAGUUUGGGCCAAACGUUUUGUCCCAUUUGCAGUCUCCCCCUG